AUGCCCCAAGGCUUCACCCUGCAGAGGAGGCCUGGCCCCUCCCACCUGCCACAGGCCCAGGUGGACCACAAGCUCCGCCCACCUGCAGGUGUGGGGGAGCCGCAGAGCCACCUUCCACCCACUGGGGGUGGUGCACUGAGGCUGCCGUCACCGGUGGAGGCGGGGCGGAGGCCCCGCCCACCUGUGCCGGUGGCGGAGGGGGAACUCCUCCAACCCACUGGGGUUGGGGUGCCGAGGCCCCAGGCCCAGGAGGAGCGCAGAAUCCGCUCACCUGUGAAGGUGGCAGAGGCGGGACUCCCCCCACCGACUGGGGCCUGGGUUCCCAGGCCACAGGCCCAGGUGGACCACAAGCUCCGCCCACCUGCAGGUGUGGGGGAGCCGCAGAGCCACCCUCCACCCACUGGGGGUGGUGCACUGAGGCUGCCGUCACUGGUGGAGGCGGGGCGGAGGCCCCGCCCACCUGUGCCGGUGGCGGAGGGGGAACUCCUCCAACCCACUGGGGUUGGGGUGCCGAGGCCCCAGGCCCAGGAGGAGCGCAGAAUCCGCUCACCUGUGAAGGUGGCAGAGGCGGGACUCCCCCGACCGACUGGGGCCUGGGUUCCCAAACUACAGGUCCCGGCUGACCACAAGCUCCGCCCACCUGCAGGUGUGGGGGCGCCGCAGAGCCACCCUCCACCCACUGGGGGUGGUGCACUGAGGCUGCCGUCACUGGUGGAGGCGGGGCGGAGGCCCCGCCCACCUGUGCCGGUGGCGGAGGGGGAAGUCCUCCAACCCACUGGGGUUGGGGUGCCGAGGCCCCAGGCCCAGGAGGAGCGCAGAAUCCGCUCACCUGUGAAGGUGGCAGGGGCGGGACUCCCCCGACCGACUGGGGCCUGGGUUCCCAGGCUACAGGUCCCGGCUGACCAUAAGCUCCGCCCACCUGCAGGUGUGGGGGCGCCGCAGAGCCGCCCUCCAUCCACUGGGGGUGGUGCACUGAGGCUGCCGUCACUGGUGGAGGCGGGGCGGAGGCCCCGCCCACCUGUGCCGGUGGCGGAGGGGGAACUCCUCCAACCCACUGGGGUUGGGGUGCCGAGGCCCCAGGCCCAGGAGGAGUGCAGAAUCCGCUCAUCUGUGAAGGUGGCAGAGGCAGCACUCCUCCGACGGACUGGGGCCUGGGUUCCCAGGCUACAGGCCCCGGCUGACCACAAGCUCCACCCCCCUGCAGGUGUGGGGGCGCUGCAGAGCCACCCUCCACCCACUGGGGGUGGUGCACUGAGGCUGUGGUCACCAGUGCAGGUGGAGAACAGUCGCCGCCCACCUGUGUAG